CUUCCCCGCGGCGCUCCCGGGUAGGCGGUGGGCGAUUUCCGGCAAUAAAUCCCGACGGGCCGCCGUCAGGUGCCGGUUGGGGCUUGUCAGUGCGCCAGGUGGGGCCCGGACUGUCGGCGCGCCAGGAGAGCUAUGCCAUUUUUGGGCCAGGACUGGAGAUCUCCUGGAUGGAGCUGGAUUAAAACAGAAGACGGCUGGAAAAGAUGUGAACCCUGGAGUGAGGGACUUGAAGGAGAGAAUGACCGGUGUGGCGCCAGCCACGGCACUAUCUUAAAUAGUGAAGAUGAAGAAAUAUUCAAUAAUGAAGAGCAUGAAUAUGCAUCCAAAAAAAGGAAAAAGGACCAUUUUAGAAAUGACAAAAAUACUCAGUGUUUUUAUCGUGAAAAAUGGAUCUAUGUCCAUAAAGAAAGCACAAGAGAAAGACACGGCUACUGCACUUUGGGAGAAGCUUUUAACCGCUUAGACUUCUUCAGUGCGGUCCAGGAUGCCCGGAGGUUCACUUACGUGGCCAGACUGUUGCAGCUGAUCGCAAAGUCCCAGCUGACCUCGCUGAGCGGUGUGGCCCAGAAGAACUACUUCAACGUUCUGGAUAAAAUCGUUCAAAAAGUUCUCGAUGACCACCAAAACCCUCGCCUAAUCAAAGAUCUUCUCCAAGACCUAAGCUCUACCCUUUGCAUUCUAAUUAGAGGAGUGGGGAAGUCCGUUCUGGUGGGAAAUAUCAACAUUUGGGUUUGCCGGUUAGAAACUAUUCUCAACUGGCAACAGCAGCUACAGAAUCUUCAGAUGACUGAGCAGGUGGACAGCGGCCUGACGCUCAGCGACCUUCCCGUGCACAUGCUCAGCAACAUCCUGUACAGGUUCUCGGAUGGGUGGGACAUCGUCACUCUGGGUCAGGUGACCCCGACGCUGUCCGCGCUUAGCGAGGACCGGCGGCUGUGGAAGAAGCUCUGCCAGUACCACUUCGGCGAGAAGCAGUUUUGUAGACACUUGAUCCUUUCAGAAAAAGGUCAUAUCGAAUGGAAGUUGAUGUAUUUUGCACUUCAGAAACAUUACCCCACUAAGGAACAGUAUGGAGACACACUGCACUUUUGUCGGCACUGCAGCAUCCUCUUUUGGAAGGACUGCCGCCUUGCUUUAUUACUCGAGGACUCGGGCCACCCCUGCACGGCUGCUGACCCCGACAGCUGCUUCACGCCCGUGUCCCCGCAGCACUUCAUCGACCUCUUCAAGUUCUAAGGGCCCCACCGCGCCGUGGCCUGGGCAGCGUGGUAGGACGCGUCCUUCGUGACCGAGCCGUGACCUGGUGCCCAGGCUGGAGGGCGUGGAGGGACGUGGAAAAGUGCCCUGGCACCUGCGGGCGGGAGCAUCUGUUGUUUCCACCCGUGAAGUGGGGCCAGGGAGCCCAAGGAAAAUCAUUUCUACUUCCUUCUUUAAAAAAUGCUUUUCUUCUAAGCGCAUUAAAAUGUGCAACUUUGCAUGUUUGUGAAUGUGGUUCAGAAAGAGUCUGUAUUUUCAGCACCGCAUCCUGUGCUGAACUGACACUAACAGCCAAGCAUACGCUUCUUAAUUGUCAAAUGAUAGUUUCCUGAUUUUGUAGUGAUCGGGGGCGGGGAUAGAUCAUUGAUCCUUGUAAGGACAUUGUGCAGAAUAUUUAUUUUUCUUGAGAUGUAUUUUAACUGUAUUGGUCGUGUCCAUAUGAAUCCCCUUGGAUACAGAAGGAACCCAGGGAAGUAUGUGCAUGUCUUCUGGGUGCUCAGCGUUGGGUUGUGAAUUGUGCAGACAUCCAAGACCCACAAAGGCGUGAGUCUGGGGCUGUGAUCCUGGGCUCAUGGCCCGAUGCUGGCAGGCAGGGGCCCUGACCUGGGGGCCAGCCCAGUGUGACCUGCACUGUACUGCUCUGAAUCCCCUUUUGCAGGCAAAGUAAUAAAUCAUGUUUAUCUACCGAUUUUAACUUCAUCAGUUUUGCAUCUUACUGAAGGAAGUAGUAUCAAUGAUUUUGAUAUCAUUUAUUGAAACCUUUCAAAGAUUGUUUUAUUUUCAAAGUAUUGCAUGUACGUUUUAGAAAAUUUUGAAAAUAAAGGUUUAUAAAAGAAUAAAACUUGCAUAUAACCCUGCCACCCAGAGAUAGCUGUGCUUGCCAGAAGGAAUGCAGGAAUGGCCCCGGCAGGUGUAGGGGAGACUGAACAGGGUCAAGGACCCAAGCAAAGUCAUUUCUACUUCCUUCUUAGCACAUGGAAAUUUGCUGUUUUGCAUAUUUGUAAAUAAAGAGUGUAUUUUCACUACAUUCUGUGCUGAACUGACACAGCCAAGACUAUGCUUAAUUGUCAAAUGAUAGUUUCCCUCUGUGUGUAUUGGGUGAAAGCUUUUCAUAAAACCGUAAACAUCAUAUAUACUGUUUUCAUUUUAUAACCAGCCUUUUUUUCAAAAGUGUUUGUGAAAAUAUGGUUUUUACUGGCGACCUGGUACCACACAGCUGGAACAGAUCACUUUGUGAUCAGCAUCACCACGUGUGCACCUGUGUGCAUCUGCUGCUCUCCUUACGAUAAACGAGAAGCAGAACCAGGGAAAGGAGUCAGUUGUUUGUAAGGAUGUUUCCGGAGCACUGGCGAGGAUGGAAGGCGGCAUCUUUCUCCCCCGAAGAUGGACGUGAAGAGGCUAUGAGAUUCCUUAGGACGUGGAUAUACAUCGUGUCCUCUGCAAAUAGAGGUGGCUUUUCACCUUUCCUUCUUUCUUCCCUCCCUCCUUCCCUCUCUCCUCUCCUUCCCAGCUUUCCGGCCGGACCCCCAUGCACAUGGAUGGCAGUGCACACACAUCCUAGCAUGUUCCUGGGAGGCUCCCUGCCCUUCGCCUGUGGGUGUGGUGCAUGCUGGGCCUCUCUGUGGACGCCUGGAUCAGGGUGAGGUGCUCCCAUCCAGCCUCGCUUUGUUGACGUGUUUGUUUUUUUUUUUAAUCAUGAAAGGAUGUUAGAUUUUUUCGAGUGCUCUUUCUACAUCUACAGAGGUGGUCGUGUGUUGACUUUUGUGUGUUGAACCAACCUUGCAUUUUCAGGCCCACGUCCCAUGUGGUUUCCAUACACAGUUGGUGGGUUUAGUUUGCUGGUUUUACUGAGCAUUUUCACAAGAGAGAUUAGCUGUGCUUUUCUGGUGAGUCUUUGUCUGGUUUUGGUAUCAGGGUGAAAACAGCCUCCUAGAAGGGGCUUGCCUUGGGAGCGUUCCCUCCCAUUUUCUGGGAAGGGUUUGUGAAGAAUUGGUGUGUGUCCUCCUUUAAGCAUUAGGAUAAUUCCUUGGAAACUGAAGUUACUGAGGAGAAGCGUCUGUUUUCAGUUUAGUGACAUCCUCCCUUUUGGAAAAUCCUUUGCCUUUAACGGGAUAGCUGAGACGUAUCUUGGUUAGAGCUCAUUUUCUUCAUCAUGGGCCCUAACCUAGCAAUAAACAGGCUGUAAACUUCAUCUGCUGCUUUCCUCCAUAGUUACAGAAGGAAGUGUGCUGAAAACCACAGAUGAAAAGGCAGAAGCUGUCUUGGCUUAUGACAUUUUUUUCUUUCAUUAACGGUGUGAGAAAAUGCAUAUGCUUCACUCCUCUCCCUUUCCUGUAUUCCCCACCAAACGCAGCAUCACCCCCACCCGGUGAGAUACCCAAGGAUCUGCAAACCUGGGAGGGAAAACCCUGAGGGACCCAGUGAUUUCCUGCUGCCGACACCUGCUCGGCUGAAAGGCCCGACAUCCACUUGCUUCUCAGCUCGCACCCCCCCGCUCCUAUCUGGGUGUGGUCGCGUCUUCUGACCUCACUCCCGACAAGCUCUGCUUUCUGUCCCUUUUUGCAGAGGAAGCAGACCCUCACUUUUGGAGAACAGUGUCCCCUGGGCGCCCCCCAGAAUCCCAGCAGGGACGUGCCACGUGCACCUUCCCGACCCCUGCUAUGGCUGGUGUGGCCUGCUCCUUCCCACCGCACAGGUGUGACUGCAGUGCCCCCUCGCCAGCACCUUCUGGGUGUCAUUGGCACAUGCAUCUCUCAGGCGUAUUCCUGGGGGUUCUGCUGCCCUCCCCACCCCCAGCACCGACUCAGGCCCACAUGGAGAACAGAGGUGCUCAGAGCACAGCCACCUGAGGACGCGAGAGGGCUUUUCACGUGUCUCUCGCUCAGGAUGGCGAGAUUCUCCACACACGGUGUUUGUUCUUCUGUGUCAGACAGGAGAGACACCUCAACUAUGUUGUUUGUUUUUAUUAUUUGGAUAAAAUUUUCACUUUUCUUUGACAGUCAUUUGAGAAAUUUGCACAGACGAAUGCAAGUAGCUUUUUACUAUUUAAUCUACAUAGAAAAUUGAAAUGUUAUUAAAAAAUUUUAAUUGCAGUAAAAUGCACAUAAAAUUUGCCAUCUUAACCAUGUUUCAGUGUACAGUCCAGUGGCAUUAGGUACAUUCACAUUGUUGUGCAAACACCACCACCAUCAUCUACAGAACACUUUUUAUCUCUGCAAACAGAAAUUGUCCCCAUUAAACACUAAUUCCCCUUCCCCACCCACCAGCCUCUGGCCCCCACCAUCUACUUUGUCUCUAUGGAUCUGACUGCUGUAGACACACCAUGUAACUGGAAUCAUAAAGUAGUUGUCUUUUCAUCCGUGUUGUAGCAUUGCUCAGGAUUUCCUUCACUUGUGAGCUGAAUAGUGUUCCAUUGUGUGGUUGGACCACAUUCUGUUUCUCUGUCUGUUGAUGGGCACUUGGGUUGCUUCCACCUUUGGGCUGCUGUGAACAUGGUGUACAAAUCUCUCUUCUAGAUAAAGGUUUCGUUUCCUUUUGAAUGUAUACCCAGAAGUGGAAUUGCUGGAUCAUGUGCUAAUUAUAUAGUUAAUAUUUUGAGGAACCACCAUACUAUUUUCCAUGGUGGGAGUGUACAAUGGUGCAGCCUCUAACAGUGCCCAGGGGCUCCAGUUUCUCUACAUCCUCACCAACACUUGUUAUCUUGUGAGGUUGGGCUUUUUUUGUUUGUUUUUUAUAGUAGUUGUCCACAUGGUUGGGAGGUGAUAUCUCAUUAUGGCUUUGAUUUUCAUUUCCCUGAUGAGAAGUGAUGUUGAGCAUCUUCUCCUGUGCUUGUUGGCUGUUUAUAUGUCUUUCUUGGGGAAAUGUCUAUUCAGGUCCUUUGCCCUCUUUUUAAUUGAGUUGUAUGUGGCUUUGUUGUUGAAUAUAGAAAGAACUACUACAACUCUGGACACUAAGUCCUUAUCAGCUAGACAACUUGAAAAUGUUCUCUCCGAUUCCCUAGGUUGCCUUUUCACUCUGUUGACUGUGUCCUUGGACGCACAGAGGUUUUAAAUUUUGAUGUCCGAUUUCUCUAUUCUUUUUUUUGGUGCCUGCACAUUUUGUCAUAUCCAGGAUUUCACUGCCAAAUCCAAUGUCAUGAAGCUUUCUCCCUAUGUUUUCUUCUAAGAGUUUUAUAGUUUUAAUUUUUGCACAUAGCAUAAUAAGGUAAGGAUCCAACUUCAUUCGUUUGCAUGUGGAUAUGUGGUUUUCCCAGCAACGUGUGUUGACUGUCCUUUCCCUACUGAAUGGUUUUGGCACCCUUGUUGAAAAUCAUUUGACCAAAUAUGCCAUUAUGACUUGGGUGGGGAUUGUAUUGACUCUAUAGAUUGCUUUGGGUGGAAGUUUCCCAAUCCAUGAACAUGGGAUGGCUUCCAUUUAUUUGUGUCUUUUUCUUUCAGCCUUUUUCACUCAGUUCAUUCCUAAGUGUUUUAUUCUUUUUGUUGCCAUUAAAAAAUGAAAUUUUCUUAAUUUCCUCUUUGGAUUUUUCAUUGUUAUUGUAUAGAAAUGCAACUGAUGUUUGUAUGUUGAUUUUUUUGUUGUCUUUAGGAUUUUCUACAUGUAAGAUCAUGCCACCUGCAAACAGAAAAUUUUAAUACUUCCUUUCCAAUUUGGAUGCUUUAUUUCUUUUUCUUGCCCAGAUGGCUCUGUCUGGUGCAGACUUCCAAUCUGUGUGGAACAGAAGUAGUGAGAGUGGGCAUUUUGUCUUGUUCCUGAUCUUAGAGGAAAAGCUUUCAGUCUUUCAGCAUUGAGAGGGUGUCAGCUGGGACUUUUUAUAUGGCUGUAUAAUGUUGGGGCAGUUUCCUUCUAUUCAGAAUUAGUUGAGUAUUUCCAUCGUGAAAGGGUGUUGAAUUUUGUCAACUGCUUUUUCUGCAUCAAUUGAAAUGAUCAUGUUUUUCCUUUGUUCUGUGUAUAAUAACGUGUAUUAAAUUGAUUGAUCUAA